AAGAAGGAAAAAAAAGAACACAUGUUGCGUUCUAUACUGGCUCAGUAUGAGUACGCCUUUCGGGUGCUCCAGUAUUGUGAACAAGGAAUCAGUUUUGACAAGCAUUUGCACAUUCCAGAGGUUAACACAAUCACAGGUGAAGUCCUCUGCCAUAGAGAAGAUGAAGGACACCUAUUUAAGAGGAUGGGAAACACUCUUCGUGAGGGACGGGUAGACGACAACAGAAUGGAAUAUUUUGUAGAAGCUGUCAAAGAUCCAAGCACUGGUCUCACAUAUCCUGCUUUGACUGGAGUGCGUAAGCAGCCCGUACAAGAUGUUGAGCGCUUAUUUGGUGAAGGAGUGAUCAAAUUUAUGGAAGCAAAGCAAUAUAUGCCUGAAGCCAUCUAUCUAAGAGUUGUGCGUAAUUGGCGAAGAGCUGUAGAUGAGAGAGGCUUGGGUGAAAGUACUAGGCAGCAAUUCCUCCAGGAAUUCAAAGAUUUCAUUUGUGCGGACCUCAUGCCUUGGUAUACUCAUAGCAAGGAUUUCAGCCUGCUGGAAGUUAACAGACCACUAGACAAGGUGAGAGGAUUCACCAGAGAAACCUUAAUUGGUGUCACCGCUGACAUUGAGACCAGAAUGUGGCGACACACUUUCAAUAAAGCAAAUGGCAUUCCUCCAGAACAUCCAAGAGCAUCUACAACAGAUGAUGUGGAAUGUUUCUUUAGCGUGCUGAGGGAUUGUGUUGGCAAAGACUUUACUCUAAAGCAGGUAUAUUAUGGGUGGAGAAAAAUCACUCUUGAAUUCAAGAAAAGAAUGGAUCCUUCUCUACCAUUCUACUACUACACCACUGCCCACCAAAGAUUUUAUGAAGGAGAUUUGCCAGGGUUUGAUCAACCAGCAGAAAAGAUUAAAUCAGUUCGGAUUCCCCAACGAGAGCUUCUAGUUCCAGGGGUGUCUCGUAGAGCAACUCUUCCAGUGAGAGGCAGCCUGUCCAUCCGGGCAACAUUUCAUAAUCGACCCGUGAAUCUUCCUCCUCUACCGAAUGCGAGUGUAUCUUCUCUAGUUUCAGCUGAACAUUCAUAUGCUCAUGAGUAAACUGCUUAGCUGUAUAAUUUAUAUAUAAUUAUAUCAUAAUUAUAUACAUGCAUGCUAAGUCCAUGCAUUAUACCUAUAAUUAUAUGAUUAUAGCAAAAUUAACGUAUACUACAAUUAUACGUUGUCAUUGGAUAUUAUUAAUUG